AGAGGGAAAGCCACACGAUUCUGUCAGGUCUUUAAAACACAUAAAAUACCAAAUAUAUCUAAAAUUAUUAAUAUAAGAAUUUUUUUUAAUUUGAUCGGGCUCGACAUCCGGUGGAUAGCCUACUUUCAUUUUAAGACAUGACAGACAACAGAGCAGCCGUCAGUUCAGUGAUUGAAAAAGUUUCCUUUGUGAGCAAGGUUAGCACAGUUUUGAAGGCCACCUCAGAUGAUGAAGGGACAGUACCUGGUCACCUGUAUGUAGAAGUCAGCAAUAUCACUUUGGAGUCAGAUGGCUACUGUGAAUCAAUGCUGGAGUUCCUGGUGGACAGAUUGAACAAAAAAUCCUGUCAUGUCAAGCUAAAGGUGAUGAAAUUGAUGAAGCACAUCCUGACACAUGGGAAUCCCCGGUUUAAGCUUGGGUUAAUGAAAUGUUCUCAGGGAAUUACAGAAGCCAAAAAAUACAAUGGACCACCAGAUCCACUGCAUGGGAAUAUUCCGUACCUCGCUGUUCGAAAAACCGCAAAGGAACUCCUGGAGAUGCUGUUUGAUACGGAAGAUUUACCAAGCUCACAGUCACCUUUCAAAGCAUCCUCAGGUUAUGGACCUCAGGGUGGAAUUAAAUCAAAGAUGGAAGGCUUUGGAAAUACACCUUCGCCCCAGAAAGUUGGUAUGGGGAAGUCCUUGUUACAAAACCUCAGUGAGUUUGCCCAGCACUUGACAGAGGAUCCCGAGAGCUCUCAGAGAAACGUGUUAUCCACCCUAGAUAAUCCAGGCUCCUACAAACCCCCUGUAAGCCUCAACUUCAUCUCCUCUACAGACAGCAGUUUGGGUGGACAACUCAUCAGACCCACAAAAGAAGUUGCUCACAUCCCUGGUAAGGCAGGAGGGGGUUGGGAAGAUGAUGAUGUUGAUGACAAUGUCGAUGACAGUUUAUCAUCAGAUAAACAUAGUGGCUCCAACACUGAUGUUAACUCAAGGUUAGAGAGUGUUAACAUUGAAGACUGGAGUGCAGAGGAAAAUCUGGUGAAGUCAACUGUUUCGUGUAGUGACAAACAUCUGCUGACGAAUGCCCAGAUAUCGGAGUUUCUCAAGUCCUGCCAGUCAUGUAACUGUGACAAGGUGUUAGAGCUUCUGUCUCAGAGUCUACAGGAAACAGAUGGUCUCCUCCUAAUGAGGGCUUUGCUGUUGGUAGAGAACUUUUUAAGAACAGACAUUUUCAGUAUUGAUGAGAUUGCUGCAGCCUGUGGUAAACACUUAUCAACAAUCUCGGAAAGGAGUUGUAGUCCAGAGACGUCCAAAGCCAAAAAAAUUCUUUCAAUUUUGGAGAAGUUGCAGUCCUUCCAGCUAAAACAUGACACACUGCCACACCCAGUCUCUCCAUGAGUGCACUGAGAGAAGGAUGGACAUUUUGUGCAAUAUAGUUACCCACAAAAAAAAAACCCAGCAGUGUGACUCCAUUAAAACAGUAGUGGACUCAGAUAAUGCAUGAAACAUUCUUGGAGUAAACAAGAGAUAUAUCCAUGCAUUUUCCUGCAUACUAGUGUAUAGUAAACAUUUCAUACUAGUGUAUAGUAAACAUUUUAUGUGGUGUUUGAUUACAACAAAACCAGAUUUACAAUGCAUAUUCAGAUUUGAAUCUACUUUUGUUAUUUAUAUCAAUCACCUGAAAAUCAAAACCUCCAUAAUAUAGCAUUAUACUGUAUGCUGACUCAAACAGACAUAUUUGUUACAUUUUCCAUUUAGAAUAUAACUUAUUUGUUGAAAAUCUGAUUAAAUUUGAUGAAGUUGAAAAAAGAGAUGAAAAACCUUCAAUAUGUUUUUCAGUCAUGACAAAAACAUUUUCACCCAUCAUGGAUCCAUGCUAUUCUAACUCUGAAGGUAGAGUCAUGAAUUUUAGGAUCUUGAAAUCAAUUUCCAAAAUGCAGGUAUAAUCAUACAUUCCAGAUUCAUAUCUGGAUUAGGUCUGGAUGUAAUUUAAAAUGAAGCAACUCAUGCCUUGUGUAAAUUGUGUGAUGUAGAUCUCAGUUCUAUGGUUACUGAGGGAAAACGCAAAUAUCUUUGAUCAUCAGUAAUAAUCAUAGGUAUGAAAUAACAUGAUUUUAUGUCAAAUUAGCAUUGUUUUACACAUUUUGUAUCAUUCAACUGAUCAACAAUCAUUAUUUUGAAAAAUAAAUGAUCAAACAUA